AUGGUCUUCAAAAUCUAUGUUUCAGGUGCUUUUCUUGCUUUUGUGACAGGAGCAUCCGCUAGAACUUUCACGGUGAAGAAUAAUUGCUCCUUCACCGUGUGGCCAGCUAUUUUCACGGAUCUAAACGUCGGUAAAGCCGUUCCGGAUCAGCCAACAGGCUGGGAGGCUGCGUCUGAAACGUCCGUAAGCUUCACUGUUCCGGACAAUUGGAAGGCUGGCCGUAUUUGGGGUCGUCGCGAAUGCGAUUUCAGCACCGUUCAGGGCCCAACCUCGUGUGUAACUGGUGGAUGCAAUGGAGGUCUCUUAUGCAACAACUCGACUGGAACUGGAGUACCGCCCGUAACACUCGCUGAGUGGACUCUCCAAGGUGAUGGGAACCAAGACUUUUAUGAUGUCUCGUUGGUUGAUGGCUUCAACGUGCCUUUGAGCGUCACAAACAACGUUGGUUGCCCAACAGCGGACUGCCCCACUGAUUUGAAUGCCAAUUGUCCGAGUGUACUGCAAUUGAACGACACAUCGGGAGCCGUCGCUGGAUGCAAGACUGCUUGUCUUGCAAACCUUGAUGGGGAUCAAACUGACUCUGCAAACUGUUGCUCUGGCUCGCACGACACGGCCGCAACUUGCCCUAGUUCCGGCGUACAGUUCUAUACUUACUUCAAGGAUGGAUGCCCUAACGCGUAUGCUUAUGCUUACGAUGAGAGCAGCGGCACUGCGCUUUGGACUUGCAACUCGACUCUGGCGGCUGAUUAUACUGUUACGUUCUGCCCUUGA